GCUGUGGCUUUUGGCUUGUGGCUUGUGGCUUGUGACGCUGCUUAUGGCAUCGGUUCUGCUUUGUGGCUUUGUCUGCCAUCCCCUUUGCUGCUUUUGGAUUCAAGUCAAAAGAGUCAGUCAAGCAAAAUCCUUCUCUCUCUACCCCACAAGAAAGUGAAAUAACACACAUAUUGUCCCCUCAGAUUCUUAUUAAAUUUAUAUGGAUUUUUUUUAUAUUUUUUAUUACAUGUUCAAAAUUAUGGUCCGAUUGACAAUCUCUUUCUCUCUCCGCUGCCUCAAGCAGCUUGUGGGGCAGCGUAUGUUUCUUUUGUCAGGAUUCUCUUGCAGUACACCAAAGAAUUGAAUGGGAAGCCCCACAAAUCAGUAAUAAGAAACCAGAAUUUCUUACUCUCUCUUCGCACCAUCUUUAAGAGAGUUAUCCUCCCCCCUCUUAAUUUUGUUUCUCCCUUCACAACUAGCCAGUUAUGGCAAGAACCCAUCAAGACAGCUCCUCCAAAAGACACUUCCACUGGACUAAAAAGGUUGGAACGGAAGAUGAUGAUGAAGCUCCAACCUUCAACUCCUCUUCAAACACCAAUGAAGAAGACAAGAAGGAAAAUCUCAAGGCCCAUAUUGCUAUGCCAACACCAAGGAAGAAGCUUCCAGCAGUUGCCGUUGCCAGGCUUCGAUCUGUUCUUACAGCUUUUGGAAAGAACCGUUCAAACCUGCCCUUUGGUCUUGGACACCGAGUGGUAGGCACUCUUUUUGGUUAUAGGCGUGGCCAUGUUCACUUUGCUUUUCAGAAAGAUCCCAAUUCCCCACCAGCUUUCCUUGUUGAACUUGCUACACCAAUUAGUGGAUUGGUUCGAGAAAUGGCGUCCGAGUUGGUCAGGAUUGCUCUGGAGUGUGAUAAAGAGAAAGAAGAAGAGAAAAGAGCUGUGAGAUUACUGGAAGAGCCUGUAUGGAGAACUUAUUGCAAUGGAAAGAAAUGUGGUUUUGCAACAAGGAGGGAAUGUGGUGCUAAAGAAUGGAAGAUUCUGAAAGCUGUGGAACCAAUUUCCAUGGGAGCAGGGGUUUUGCCAGGGAGUGGAGAUGAGGCUGGUGCUGAUGGUGAACUUAUGUAUAUGAGGGCUAAGUUCGAAAGAAUUGUUGGGUCCAGAGAUUCUGAAGCUUUCUAUAUGAUGAAUCCUGAUAGCAAUGGAGCUCCUGAACUUAGUAUUUAUUUGCUUAGAGUUUGAAGUUGCCACUUGCCAUGGAAGAUAGUGACCUGUUGUGUUCACCUCUCAAAGUACAUCCGUCCUCAACAAAGUUAGUUUACUUGAAUCAUCUCAAAUGGCAUUUUCUUGACAUGGGUAAUAGUUUGAAAUUACCGACAUGAUUGAUUGAAUUGGUAAGGUUCGAAUGCUUUGCUUACUUAGAUUCAAUUCUCACUGUCAGCCAAGUCUGUUCUGAUCCUGAGAAAUCUUCCCUGAUCCUAAGCUUUUUGGGAUAAAAAAAAUUGGUUUGAAAUAGAAAGCGAGAUGGCAAAACUCUUUAGGAUCUGUGCCAUGUCCACCCUUCUCUUAGUUUCAUGGCUUUCAUAUCAUCUCAAAUGGCAUUUUUACCUUAGCAGAUAAUUCUUGACAUGGGUAGUUUUAUCAAGAUACAAAUGGUUUGAAAUCACCAACAAGAUUGAUUGAGUUGAUAAGGUUCGAAUGCUUCGUUUACUUAAAUUCAAAUCUAGCUGUCAGGCUCUGAUUACCCUGAUUUUUUGGAUAAAAAAAAAGGUUUGAAAUAGAAGGGGAGAUGGCAAAACCCUUUAGGAUCUGUGCCAUGUCCACCCCUCUCUUAGUUUCAUGGCUUUCAUAUCCUCUCUCACAGCAAGAAAGGAAGUAAAAGAAAAGGAGGAUGAAUUCAUCUUUUCAAUAGGAUGUGGGUUACAGCUAGGACAGAAAACAAACCCGUUGAGAUCAAGAUGCACAGAAAUCGAGAUAUGGUGUUUUGUUUUGUUUUGUUUGAUCAUCUACUCAUCAUUCUGCAAACCCAAAAGAUUCAAAAGUUGGUUGCUGCUUUGCUGCCUUUAAUAGUUAGGCCACUCGGCUUUUCUUUGCUUUGCUUUACACCAUUAUUGCAUAAUUGAAUGCAGACUUUCUGGCUUAAAAGGUUGCCCCCAUUGCACAUUUCUAAAGGACUGCAGGCUGUAUAAUAAAUCCAACUUGAUCUCUAGCUUUCCAUUAUUUUCGUUUAGUUAUCUCCAAAUGGCUACUUUUCCGAAGAAAAUGAUAGAUUGAAGCAUAUGAAAAAGGAAUUAUAAAAUCAUAUUCAGGCUUGUAGUUUUCAAGUGCCAAGACAAGUAUUUCACAAAGAAAGUCCUGUAUGCAAUGAAGAGCAGACACUUUCCGUCACUUUCUGGAGAAAAAGAUCAGAUAAUAUGUCCAUAUAUAUGGGGAAAAGCACGACAAUAAUGUCCCAAUGGCAUUUCCAAGCUGCUUACUUGAAAAACAAUGUUUGCAGAUAAAACAAAAUUAGUGGUGGGAAAGAUAAUCAAAAUCAUGAACUCAACGAAUUCCUAUGUGAGAUUCAUACAUU